CAGACCAGGAACGAUUAUUACGGUGAAUUCUUCAACGGUAUAGACCAACUGUAACUGAACGCGAGCUUAGCUCCUUCUCCUGUUGCUUCUUAUGGAGGAAGAAACUGACCUAAGCAACAAGCAUCCUCACUGAGGUUUCGAAAUCUCACCGAGCUUCCACUUUCCUCGUGCCAAUGGCGAGUGCGCAAUACGCACUCUCGUCUCUUCUGACGUCUCACGCUAACGGACGAACCCUUCGUCGUAUUCCAGUUUGUUCAAAACGGCAGAGGAAAAACCAUUUGCGCCCCAAAAUUCUCAGAACCCAAACCAAACCCUACCCACUUUCACUCCCUCUUCUAUCUUCGCCCACGCCGCCAUAUCCUGUCGCCAUUCCACAAGAAAACAACAACCUCGGCGAGGAAAUUCCCUCCAACGAGACGCUCGCCGGGGAAUCUGAAAAUAUGAAAGAGUUUCAGGUUUCUGAGGUUGCCGCGAGGGAGAAUGGUGUUUUUGAGAAGGUUUCCAUGGAAGAUAUCUUCAAAUACGGGGCUUUGUAUUUUCUGGGGAGUCUGGUGUUACAGACGAUUUACGCCGUUUGGGCUAUAGGGAAUUACAAGCACAAGCGCCAAUAUGGAGAUUUGGAGAUUGAUGGAAGGGAAAGUGAGGAUGGGAAGACCGUGUCAUUCCCGGUUAAUGAUGUUUCUGGGGAACAACUUUUAAUUGUGGAGCAAAUCGAGGAAAUUAGGCUAAUGGCGAAGGAAGCGCGGCGACUUGAAUCGGAGAAGAAAGGGGAAGAGGAUAUGGAGGAUGAAGAUGUUGAAAUUGAUGACGAUGAACGUGCUGUUUCUAGUCGUAGAGAUGAUAUUGAGAAAGAGAUUAGUGAGCGAUUGAUAAACCUGCAGAAUAGGUUAAAUAAGUUAAAUGUUAGGGCUAACGAUAUGAACAAAGCGUUACAGACGAAUGCUAGUGAGAAUUUUGCUGCUGGAAUGGAUAGGGGUGUCAAUAAGAAUAUGAAUGAGGGAGACGAUGCAUUGGUGUUUAAGAAGAAGUUUAAAUUUAGAAGCCCUUCUGCAAAGGCUACAAAAACUCCCAAGGGAUUUCCAGGGACCCGAAAUUGGAAAGCUUCUGAUGCAAUAAAGAAGGGCUCAGCGAGUGAGGAAACAGCUCAAGAUUAUGGAAGUGAUGGUUCUGAUCAAGCGCAAAUGUUAAGUGAAGAUAAACAAGUGAAUGAUCAGGAUGCUGAUAAGCAGAAGAGUGUUUCUAGUGUUCCUUUGGAAGAAAGGGGAAGAUUUGUUGAUGACGCUUUCAAAGUGAUUCAAAAUGAUGUGAAGAAUUUGAACGAGAAGAUGGAGACACCAGAUAUGAAGACAAACGUUGGAAAUAAAACUAGAAGGACUGACAAUGGCGAUGCCAGGGAAACUGCUCCUGGGAUGUCUUCGAUGGAAGUAAUACAGUCAAGAAAAUCAAGAGACUUGAGUACACAAAACUCUCAGGGUUUUGUGGAAGAAAACCAGGACACAGGCAUAAGUUUUGAAAAGGAUGGUGUGCACAGUGUAAAUGGCAGUUCAAGACAUGGAUUAACUGAAAAACGUUCACCAGCUAACAGAAUCAAACUCAAAGUUAAGCAAGCAGAUACAGAGACUGAUUUGUGGUGGCUGAACCUCCGUUAUGUGUUUGUCAUUCUCAUGCGAAGAGAUUCCAAGGAUGGAUCAGAAGGUUUCUAUAACAUAAUGCUCACAUCUAAUGAACAGGACCAGAGUGAUGAUUCCUUUACUGUUGCUUUUGAGGAUCGUGCUGAUGCCAACAAUUUCUGUUUUCUAUUGCAAUCCUUUUUCGAAGAUUUGGAAUCUUUUAGUGCUGAUGCAGUUCCAGUGUCAAUUAAAGAACUGAAUGAAGAAAUACUAUCUCAUGCCAAGAAAGUGGUAGUGGUAAAAAAGAGGCAGCUUCAGCUCUAUGCUGGGCAACCACUUGUUGAUGUUGAGAUGGCCCUGCGUGCUAUAAUAGAACAAGGUCAAACUGUAUCAUCGCAUUGAUAUGACUGUUACUUUAUCAAGUCCCACAGUAAAUGUCCAUGGUGAGGUCUUGAAGAACCGGCAACUCUACCACAAUUGGUGGUCAUGGUAUACGUGGACACUUGGUGAAAUUUCACUGUUUCACUAUCAGAGUCAAAAGUUGAACUUCAUGGAGUUGGACUUGAUGGAGCUAACUGCUGGCAAAGAGUUGAAGUAUGCUUUUUACUGAUUGAAUUUCGAUGGUCUUCCUUUUAGAAAUUCUUCCGGGUAUUUUAGUUUCAAUAUCCACGUGUCUUCCAAAGGGAAGUGUCCGUGCGUACUUUUAGAGUUGAUAGGGUUAUUGGGAGUUGGUGAGGGGUGUGCCGAGAUUCAUACUGUAGUUGUUAUGCAAAUCUGAAAUUUUGGAAAUAAAUUCAGAUUGCAAGAAUAAUACAUUUUAUUAAAGCAUUA